GGAGGACUGAGGCCCGGUCCCUGCAGCGGAGGUGGACGCGUCGCCGGCCCCUCCCGGUGCGGACUCGGGUUGCUCGCCGACGAGCGGUGGAACCACUGGUGUCGCCCCGGGAGACUCGUCCUGGUGGCGUGUAAAAGUGCAGUCAAAGGAUUGCUUGUAAGUCUGCUUCAGCAAACCUUUUGAUGCCUGACCUUCAGGAUUAUAGUCAAAAUUCCUGUUUAGAAAAUGGGUCCUACAAGACGCCUUGUUACCAUCAAAAGGAGCGGGGUCGACGGCCCCCACUUUCCACUGAGCCUUCACACCUGCUUGUUUGGAAGGGGUAUCGAGUGUGACAUUCGUAUUCAGCUUCCUGUAGUGUCCAAACAACACUGCAAAAUUGAAAUCAAUGAGCAGGAGGCAAUAUUGUUUAAUUUCAGUUCCACAAACCCAACACAAGUAAAUGGAUCUACUUUUGAUAAACCGGUACAGCUAAAACAUGGAGAUGUGAUAACUGUCGUUGAUCGAUCUUUCAGGUAUGAAAAUGAAAGUCAUCAGAAUGGAAGCAAGUCACCUGGAUUUCCAGGACAAAGAUGGGAACAGGAGCCUUCGCGUCGGGUCUCAAGAUCUAGCUUCCCUUCCAACCCUGAUGGAAAAGUUCAAGAUGCCAGUGCCCGUUCAAAACUCACGGAGGAAGCUGCUUCAGGAAGGCCUGUGGUGCGUGGGAAGGAUGUCACAGGAGAUGGUAUUGUCUCGGGUGGCUCAGAAGAUCCUGUUGCUGGGAAAACACCUAACAGCAUUCAUUCCUCAGAACUUCUUGGAGAUAACGGCAGAAAUGCAACAACUCCCACUGCUGGGGAUUCUCUAGAAGAUUCCAGUGUAACAUUCGGGAGCCGUAAUGCAGAAUUGAAGGCGUCUUCCUCUAUAAAGCGUCUUAAGUGGAGUGACCCAAAUGAGUCUCCCUUUCGGAAGCUUUAUGAGUCAAUGAAGGUGGAGUUAGACGUGAAAUCAGGAAAAGUCAGUGUUCUACAGAAUCGCAGAAAAUCGGGAUCACAGAGUCAUUGCACAACAGAAAGAGAAAGCACUGGUGGUUUACAGAGUGAGACUCUGGUCUCACUUAAAUGCAGACCAACAUCGGGCCAAAGCCCCCAAAUUAAGGCAGACGCUGUUUCCGGAGAACGAGGAAGUAGCCCGACUGAGGGAAAGAGCAGUGAUGAGCCAUUUCAGACCCCCAAGGAGACCAGGAGCCCCAGCGUCUUCUGCACAGAGAGAGAGACGCUGAAAACCACGACCCCUGUACGCUCUUCACAACAAAGUCCCUCACGGAGUCCGUGGAGUGAAGACCUGAGUGUCGUCGCUGGUGGUGCAUCCCUGAACCUAGGUCAAAGUGAAGGCUCCGGGGCAGAGAGUAAAACGUUGCCGCCUCACAAGUUCUUACCUAGAAUUCAGACGCCCAUUAGAGUUGAGAGUUUUGGAAAUACACCAGAAAAACUUUGCCCUAGAAAGAGGAAGAGGAUUCCUACAAGUGUUGACGAUCUGACAACAGAAACAGAGAUUCUGCAUCAGACAGUUUCAGCUCCGUUGGUCCCUCAAGCUGAAAGGAAGAUUCAAAGCCAUUUUCUCAACAAGCCUGAGAAGCUGGGCGUGGCAGCUGAUCCGGUGUGCCCUGGGUCACCCCGUCUUAGCUCGGCUGAUGGCAGCAGCUUCGGCGAUUCCACGAAUAAGAUGGAUGGGGUAUCCCUGAAGAGGAGGCGGGUCUCCUUUGGUGGUCGCCUGAGACCUGAAUUAUUCGAUGAAAACUUACCUCCUAACACACCUCUCAAAAGAGGAGAGACACCAAAGCAAAGACGGUCUCUGGUCACCCACACGCCAACCGUCCUGAAGAAAAUCAUCAAGGAGCAGCCUCAGCCAUCAGGGAAGGAAGACUCUUCAGACGUCUGUCUGGAAGUGACUGCACAGAAUGCACUCGUGAGAUCUCCAGCUCCUAACGCCGCUCCCACUUCUCCACACGCACCCGGCCGGUGCCGUAGGUUAUCCAAGGCGUCUUCCAUCGCCAGCGAGAGCAAAUCUCCACAUCAGACAGAUAUUCCCAAGAGAGGAGGGAGAAAGAGUGGCAGCCUGCCCUCCAAGAGAGCUUCCGUAGAUCGAAACCAGCAUGGCCUCUUACAGAUGAUUUAUUCCAAGAGAAGGAGUGGCGCAUCUGAGGCCAAUUUAGUUGUGGCAAAAUCGUGGGCAGACGUGGUAAAACUCGGUACCAAGCAGACCCAGACCAAAGCUGUUAAACGUGGCCCUCCAAGACCCCUGAGCAAACGGCAAAGAAGAACCAAUACUCCGAAGAAGCUGACUGGCAUCGUUCACAAUCAAUUUAGCACAGGCCACGCAAACUCUCCCUGUACCAUAAUAAUAGGGAAAGCUCACGUCGAGAAAGUGAACGGGCCAGCUCGGCCCUACAGGAUGCUGAACAACUUCAUGGUCAACAAACCAGUGGACUUUAGUGAAGAUCUUUCAGGGCUGCCUGAAAUGUUCAAGACUCCAGUGAAAGAGAAACCACAAAGGAUGAACCUGUGUCCCUCCACUUUUUCCAAUUCAGAGGAUUUGCUUGGAAAAGAGCUUCCAGUACCUCAUUCAGGAGAAAAACCUCUGCUGUGCGCUUCAGAAAAUUCUGGACAGAAUGUGGCCCCCGGGGCUCAAGAUGCACCAAAAGAGCUGUCUGAUCAAAGUUCUGCAAGCCCUGCCUUAAGACGCCAGUGUAUUAAAAUAAAUGAAAGUAUUAUGAAAACUCCUAAGAACGUGUAUAAAACAACAGGUGCUGAGAUGAAAACUCCAGCGUCUGAGGCAACGACACCAAAGACAACAUCAAGUGCAAACGAGUUUAGAAGGUCCAUGGAGCUCAGAAGCUCACAGACACCAGGUGUAGAGUGUAAAAACGAAGGCCCCAAACCUGACACUCUUGAGAACGUCUUGGGAAGAUGUCUGAGGAAAGCACCACAACCAGAGCAGAAGCUGGAGGGAGACAUGAAGGGAAGUGAAACAUGUACAAAAAACAUGGACUCAAAAGAAAAUUCCAAAAAGAUGUUAGCUCUGAGGAGAUCGAGAAUUGCUUCAGAGCUGAGGUGUGAAAUAACAGCAGACCCGACCGCCCUUGAGAGCUUGCAGGAGACAGAGCCUGAGGAAGACCAGGUGGACAUCCCACGUCUCCUGCAGGCCCCAGCUCAUCCCAAGGAAGCAGUGGACGCAGAGAACAAAGCCACAGAAAUGCACUGUAAAUCUCCCAGAUCAGGAACAGUCGGCACGUCCACCAGGACAAACACACAGCUCAAGACACCUUCCUGGAAAGUGGAUGUAGAAGAUGCCUCAGCCCUCGGAAAACUCACACAGACACCAGGGAAAACCAUGCCCAUGCACAGAGAGCCAGGUGAUGACAAAAGCAUCAAAUUGUUUAAGGAAACUCCAAAUCAGAAACUGGACUCAUCAGAAAAUGUAGCUGGAAGUAAGAGGCGGCCAAGGACACCCAAGGGAAAGGCCCCGCCUCUGGAAGACCUGGCUGGCUUCAAAGAGCUCUUCCAAACCCCAGAUCAUGCAAAGCAACCAAUGACUGAUGAGAAAACCACCACAAUACCCUAUAAAUCUCCAGCAAUAGAACCAGUCAACACACCAAGUAGAAAGGGACGUCUCAAGACACCUUCCCAGAAAGUGGCUGUGCAGCAAGAUGUCUCGGCUCUCAGGAAGCCUCAACAAACACCAGGGGAAACCACACACUCACACAGAGAACCAGAGGGUGGUGACAGAGGCAUUGCAUUGUCUCAGGAGACUCCAGGAGAGAAACUGGACCCUGCAGAAAAUGGAACUGGAAGCAAGUGGCGGCCAAGAACACCCAGGAAAAAGGCCCCACCCCUGGAAGACCUGGCUGGCUUCAAAGAGCUCUUCCAAACCCCAGAUCAUGCAAAGCAACCAAUGACUGAUGACAAACCUACCACAAUACCCUAUAAAUCUCCACCAGCAGAAGCAGUCAACAUGCCGACAAGUAGCAAGAGACGGCUCAAGACACCUUCCCAGAAAGUGGCUGUGCAGGAAGAUGUCUCGGCUCUCAGAAAGCCCACACAGACACCAGGGGGAGCCAGGCACUCAGACAAAGAACCAGAGGGUGGUGACAGAGGCAUUGCAGUGUCUCAGGAAACUCCAGGAGAAAAGCUGGGCCCUGCAGAAAAUGUAACUGGAAGCAAGUGGCAUCCAAGAACACCCAAGGAAAAGGCCCCACUGCUGGAAGACCUGGUUGGCUUCAAAGAGCUCUUCCAAACCCCAGAUCACACAGUGGAACCAAUGACUGAUGACAGAAUCUUCAAAAUGCUCUGCCAGUCUCCACAACUAGAACCAGUCAACACACCAAGUAGAAAGGGACGUCUCAAGACCCCUUCCCAGAAAGUGGCUGUGCAGCAAGAUGUCUCGGCUCCCAGGAAGCCUCAACAUACACCAGGGGAAACCACACACUCACACAGAGAACCACAGGGUGGUGACAGAGGCAUUGCAGUGUCUCAGGAAACUCCAGGAGAGAAACUGGACCCUGCAGAAAAUGUAACUGGAAGCAAGUGGCAUCCAAGGACACCCAAGGAAAAGGCCCCACCCCUGGAAGACCUGGCUGGCUUCAAAGAGCUCUUCCAAACCCCAGAUCAUGCAAAGGGACAAAUGACUGAUGAGAAAACCACCACGAUAACCUAUAAGUCUCCAGCAGUAGAACCAGUCACCAGGCGAACAGGUAGAAAGGGACGGCUCAAGUCACCACCGGGGAAAGUGGAUGCAGAAGAGCCCUCAGUGCCCAGGAAGUCCACACAGACACCAGGGGGAGCCAGGCACUCAGACAGAGAACCAGCGGAUGGUGAUAAAAACAUCAAAUCAUCUAAGGAAACUCCAAAGCAGAAACCGGACUCAGCAGAAAAUGUAAAUGGAAGCAAGAGGCUGCCAAGAACACCCAAGGAAAAGGUCCAAUCUCUAGAAGACCUGGCAGGUUUCAAAGAGCUCUUCCGAACCCCAGAUCAUGCCAAGGAACCGAGGGCUGUUGUCAAAACUCCCCAAAUGCUCUGCAUGUCCUCCCAACCACAGCUAAUUUUCACACCAACCAAUACGAAGAGAUGGCUCAAGACCCCUCUGGGGAAAGUGGAUACAGAGAAAGAGCUCUCAGCAUGCAGAACGACGCAGUCACCAGGGGAAACUAGGCACUCAGAGGGAGAACCAGUAGAUGAUGAUAAAAGCAUCAAAUUGUUUCAGGAAACUCCAAAUCAGAAACUGGACUCAUCAGAAAAUGUAGCUGGAAGUAAGAGGCGGCCAAGGACACCCAAGGGAAAGGCCCCACCCCUGGAAGACCUGGCUGGCUUCAAAGAGCUCUUCCAAACCCCAGAUCAUGCAAAGCAACCAAUGACUGAUGAGAAAACCACCACAAUACCCUAUAAAUCUCCAGCAAUAGAACCAGUCAACACACCAAGUAGAAAGGGACGUCUCAAGACACCUUCCCAGAAAGUGGCUGUGCAGCAAGAUGUCUCGGCUCUCAGGAAGCCUCAACAAACACCAGGGGAAACCACACACUCACACAGAGAACCAGAGGGUGGUGACAGAGGCAUUGCAUUGUCUCAGGAGACUCCAGGAGAGAAACUGGACCCUGCAGAAAAUGGAACUGGAAGCAAGUGGCGGCCAAGAACACCCAGGAAAAAGGCCCCACCCCUGGAAGACCUGGCUGGCUUCAAAGAGCUCUUCCAAACCCCAGAUCAUGCAAAGCAACCAAUGACUGAUGACAAACCUACCACAAUACCCUAUAAAUCUCCACCAGCAGAAGCAGUCAACAUGCCGACAAGUAGCAAGAGACGGCUCAAGACACCUUCCCAGAAAGUGGCUGUGCAGGAAGAUGUCUUGGCUCUCAGGAAGCCCACACAGACACCAGGGGGAGCCAGGCACUCAGACAAAGAACCAGAGGGUGGUGACAGAGGCAUUGCAGUGUCUCAGGAAACUCCAGGAGAAAAGCUGGGCCCUGCAGAAAAUGUAACUGGAAGCAAGUGGCAUCCAAGAACACCCAAGGAAAAGGCCCCACCGCUGGAAGACCUGGUUGGCUUCAAAGAGCUCUUCCAAACCCCAGAUCACACAGUGGAACCAAUGACUGCUGACAGAAUCUUCAAAAUGCUCUGCCAGUCUCCACAACUAGAACCAGUCAACACACCAAGUAGAAAGGGACGUCUCAAGACCCCUUCCCAGAAAGUGGCUGUGCAGCAAGAUGUCUCGGCUCUCAGGAAGCCUCAACAAACACCAGGGGAAACCACACACUCACACAGAGAACCACAGGGUGGUGACAGAGGCAUUGCAGUGUCUCAGGAAACUCCAGGAGAAAAGCUGGGCCCUGCAGAAAAUGUAACUGGAAGCAAGUGGCAUCCAAGGACACCCAAGGAAAAGGCCCCACCCCUGGAAGACCUGGCUGGCUUCAAAGAGCUCUUCCAAACCCCAGAUCAUGCAAAGCAACCAAUGACUGAUGAGAAAACCACCACGAUACCCUAUAAAUCUCCAGCAGUAGAACCAGUCACCAGGCGAACAGGUAGAAAGGGACGGCUCAAGUCACCACCGGGGAAAGUGGAUGCAGAAGAGCCCUCAGCGCCCAGGAAGCCCACACAGACACCAGGGGGAGCCAGGCACACACAUGGAGAGCCUGUAGGUGAUGAAAAUGACAUCGAAGUGUUUAAGGAGACUUUAAGGCAGAAACUGGUCUCAGCAGAAAAUGUAAUUGGCGUCAAGAGUCGGCUAAGAAAGUUUAAGGAAAAGGCUCAACCCCUGGAAGACUCGGGCAGUUGCAAGGAGCUCUUCCAAAAGCCAGGUCAGGCCAAGGAACCGGUGAGUGACAUUAAUAUCGCUCCAGUGCCCUGCCAGUCUCCACCAGCCGGACCAGUCCCCAGGCCAGCAAGUAGAAAGAGGCGCCUCAAGUCACCACCGGGGAAAGUGGAUGCAGAAGAGCCCUCAGCGCCCAGGAAGCCCACACAGACACCAGGGGAUAUGCAGAGAGAGCCUGUAUGUGAUGAAAAAGACGGCAAAGCGUUUAAGGAAACUUCAAGGCAGAAACUCAACCCUGCAGAAAAUGUAAUGGGCAUCAAGUGUCGGCUAAGAAAAUUUAAGGAAAAGACCCAACCCCUGGAAGACUCGGGCAGUUUCAAGGAGCUCUUCCAAAAGCCAGGUCAGGCCAAGGAACCGGUGAGUGACGUUAAUAUCGCUCCAGUGCCCUGCCAGUCUCCACCAGCUGGACCAGUGCCCAGGCCAGCAAGUAGAAAGAGGCGACUCAAGUCACCACUGGGAAAAGUAGACCUAGAAGAGCCCUCAGUACUCAGAGAGCCCAUCCAAACAGCAGGGGAAACCACGCACAGAGAACCAGUAGGUGAUGAGAACAAUAUCAAAGUGUUUAAGGAAACUUCAAGGCAGAACCUGGACUCGGCAGAGAAUGUAAUUGGCGUCAAGAAUCGGCUAAGAACAUUUAAGGCAAAGGCCCCACCCCUGGAAGAUCCGGCCAGUUUCAAGGAGCUCUUCCAAAAGCCAGGUCAGGCCAGGGAACUGGGAAACGAUGCUUCUGGAGUUAAGAGAGCCCCAAAGCAAGCAGCAGACAGAAGAAGACCUGUAGAAGUAUCCCAAAGAGUCCUCAGGGCCCCUAAAGUAAGGUUCACGGGAGACCUUGUGGGCAGCAGAGACCCUGUAAAAUCACCAGGUGAAAGCUGCAUCUCCCCGCCCCCCAAGAGGAAACUGGGAGAAGAUGCAAGGGUUGUGGGAAGGAAGAGGCUAUGCCCUACGAUGGCUGCACGGGACCCUGAGGAAGAGAAGCCCCUCCAGAAGAAGCAGAGGACAGCCCCCAGGGAGAGACAGGAGCCCCCCAAACCCUUGGGAGUGAAGAAGAGAAGUGUGAGGAUUCUGGCACAAAGGACUAAACCUGAGGGAAACCUGCCCAACAGUGACAUGAAAACUAAAGCUACGGAUCCACAAGGAGAAGACGGGCACGCUCCAAAGAAGGGAAUGUCCCUGCGUACCAGGCGCCCCACUAAAACCAAUAUAGAGGAGCAAAGACCUGGGGGUCUUAUAUCAGCAGGAAAGAAGAAAAUAAAGAGAAGUGAAAAGAAGUCCAUGAAGACCUCCCAAGAGAUGAAGCUACAAAGCCCAGAAGAUGGAGCUGAGAAUCCUACCUCUGGGGGCAAAGGUCAAGAGAGAAGGGGGCACUUGAGAUCCGGGAAGCAGAAUCAGAAGCCUUUGCCUGAUGCAACAGAGGAGACAGCAAGGCAGGAAAGGGUGGAAAUCCCCGUGAAGAAGCAGGAAGAGAAAGAAGCAACGGAAUAUUCAGACUUCAAGGGUUUGAGAUCCAGAAAGAUUACUCUCCGCCCUCGAGGAAACCCUUCGGAGAGUGAAUCCGAGCAGAGAGUAACCCGGGGUGCCAGGAGAUGUGCCAACAGCCUUCAAAAGGAAAAUGACAAUGUGGAUGUCAAGAAAAUAAGAACCAGAAGUCAUCGAGACGGUGACGAUAAAUAGCCAAGAAGUUUAAAAGGGAAAAACGUGUAAUAAAUUAUCGAUAAGUUGCAGUACAAUAUUUGCCGUACAUUUUAAAGUGAAUGCUGUAAAUAGUGCUGUCUGGAGGGGAGGGCAGGUUUAAGGGAAGAAAGCUUGGAAUUUUCUGACUCUGAAUAGUUUAUUCAAAACCCCCAUGUGGAGGUUAUGAAGGACACUGCUGUGUCUCCUAAACUGAAAAAAAAAUUUUAAACUUGGGUGGGGG